AUGACCAUGGGUGCGGCAGGACCCGAGUUAAAGCCGUCGAAGUUCGACGGAAAAGGUGACCCCGAGGCCGUGCCACGUUGGGUGGAAGAGCUGGAGAAGACCUUUGAGGUGCUGGGGUGCAUCGAGGCUGAGAAGGUAACCUUAGCUGUGUAUCAGUUGCAAGAUAAUGCUAGUGAUUGGUGGAAGGCCACUAGGGGAAGAGUGUUCCCUGAGGGUGUCGCUCAGAUUUGGGCUGUGUUUUUUGAGAACUUUUAUGGAAAAUUCUUCUCUGAGAGUGCUAGGGAAAGGAAACUAGUAGAGUUUAUGAUACUCCACCAAGGCCAGAUGACUGUGGAUCAGUAUGAGGCAGAAUUUACUAGACCGUCUAAGUUUGCACCAAGGAUGGUAGAGCAUCCUGAGGACAAGGCGCGAAGGUUUCGGGAUGGACUAAAAGCCGACAUUCACACUCAGUUGAUCUCGGUGAAUUUGAGAACUUAUGAGGACCUAUAUGAGAGGGCUUAG